GAACGCAGCACGGCCCUUCUUCCGCCGCGUCAGUACGAACAUGGCGGCGCCCCAUGCGGUGGUUGGAGUGGAGGAAGGCAGCAGUGAAACAGAGCUGAUUCUGUCCGAUUCAGCCACCGGAGAUGUGAAGAGACCUCAGUUUGGGACACGUUUCCUCACAGACCCGCGGCAGGUCUUCCAACACAACGCAUGGGACAAUGUGGAGUGGACUGACGAACAAGAAGCAUCUGCUAAGAAGAAAGUCUUGGAAAACAGUCAGCCACUACCUUCAGAGAAACAAGAGGAAUAUGACAGCCGGGCAAAUGAGUACUGGAACGAUUUUUAUACAAUCCAUGAGAAUCGUUUCUUCAAAGACCGCCACUGGCUCUUCACAGAGUUCCCUGAGUUGGCCCCACAGUGUAGCCUCAACCAUGAGUCCCAUCCCGAGGUCUCCGGUCAGCAGGAUCGUCUGGAUCAAGAACAAAGAAGGGAAGCUGCAGCUGUGUCUCACGUUGAUGACGACAUCCCUGGCUCCUCUGCUACAUAUCGCAUUCUGGAGGUUGGCUGCGGUGUAGGCAAUACAGUUUUUCCAAUACUGAAGACCAACAAUGACCCGGGACUCUUUGUGUAUUGCUGUGAUUUCUCCAGCACUGCUGUGGAGUUAGUCAAGACUAAUCCAGAAUACGACCCCGAGCGCUGCUUCGCCUUUGUCCAUGACUUGAGUGAUGUGGAAGCCAAUUACCCGGUCCCCGAUGGAACCCUUGAUGUCAUAGUGCUAAUCUUUGUGUUAUCAGCCUUGCAUCCCAACAAGAUGCAGGCAUCUAUCAGUCGAUUAGCGCGGCUGCUGAAGCCUGGGGGAGUGAUGCUGCUCAGGGACUACGGACGCUACGAUAUGGCACAGCUUCGCUUCAAGAAGGGAAGGUGUCUGUCAGAAAACUUUUAUGUCCGAGGUGAUGGAACAAGAGUAUAUUUCUUUACCCAAGAUGAGCUCCAUGUGAUGUUCACUGAGGCGGGGCUUGACAAAAUGCAGAACCUUGUGGACAGGCGGCUGCAGGUGAAUCGAGGCAAACAGCUCACCAUGUACAGGGUGUGGAUCCAGUGCAAGUACCGCAAGCCUCGAGUUCAGCCUCCUGAGACGGAGGGCUGAGACACUGGAGAGAGCCUGUCUGGCUUGACCUUCAACCACAACUGAAACUUGGAGCUCAAAUCCAGGCAGUGCCGACUUUUCAAUGAGGAUGUAUGGAAUUGAGAAUCUCUUUUGUGAUUGCGAUAAAGGGGGAUGCAACUGGAUAGCCAUAUGCUCUAAAGACCUUCCAAGUCCAGGGUGUUGAUGGACUUCAUUUAUGGCUGGUGUCUCUGAUUGUUGCCGCAAUUCAAGUUCCAAGAGUCGCAGUUUCUCAUUUUGUGCUGACGAGUUCAGCAGUCUGAGCAAGGAUUGGGUUGUAUCUGUAUAAAUGUUUCUAUUCAGCCAGAUGCUGUUUUUAAUGAGCUGAUGAUUUGAAAUAAAUGGUAUGAAUUUUAAGAUAAUUCAUGACAUUUUUUUGUACGUGCAAAAUGAAUAAAAAUCUAACCUGUAAA